UGGGCCGAUUAUUAAUGUAUUUUGAUUUGUAUUAGUUAAAGUUAGGAAGUAAAUAUGUUUUCCAAACACGAUUAUUGGUCUCUGCUGUGCAGAGGUAGAAAGAAGAAAAUAGUAACUUUAAUCAUUAUUUUAAUAGUCUUAUUGAAUGCCUUUUUUUAUGUCAGUAUGGAAUUAUUUAAUACCAUUAAUGGAAAGGUGCAUAAACAGCAAUGGUACAACAGAUUACAUUUUGAUGAAAACUCCUAUGUUGAUAAAAGUGGAAUGAGAGUUAUAGUAGGACAUUAUAUUGGAGGAAAUACAGGGGGAAAUUUGUCUGAUGAUGUAGUAAAUAGUAAUAACUAUUCCCCUGUACCAGGGGCAGGGGAGGGAGGUAGACCAGUGCAACUUUCUCAAAGAGAACUUAUAAGAGCGCGCGAGCUUUAUGCUCUCCACUCUUACAAUAUACUUGUUAGUGAUAAAAUUGCCAUUAAUAGAAGUCUUCCUGACAUGAGGAGUGAAAGCUGUAAAAAUGUGCAGUAUGAUUCCGAGAAUCUACCAACAGCUAGUGUUAUUAUAGUUUUCCAUAAUGAAGCAUGGUCCACUCUAAUGAGGACUGUGAUGUCCACUUUGUUGCGAUCACCAGAACCGUUACUGAGAGAGGUGAUUCUUGUAGACGACGCUAGUGAGAGAAGAUAUCUCGGCAAAGAAUUAGAUGAUGCAGUCGCUAAGUUAGACAAAGUUAGAAUAUUAAGAAGUUCUAAUCGAACAGGUUUGGUGGGCGCGCGACUUAUGGGUGCCAGGACAGCAAUAGGGGAUGUUCUGGUCUUCUUGGAUGCGCAUUGUGAGGUCACUCCAGGUUGGCUGGAACCAUUACUUGACAGAGCGGGUAGUGAUGACGUCUUUAUAUGUCCUCACAUUGAUCUUCUUUCUGAAGAUACUUUAGCUUACACGAAAAGCAUCGACGCACAUUGGGGUGCUUUCAGUUGGAGAUUACAUUUCCGUUGGCUAAUGCCAAGUGAAGAAGUUCUACUGAUGAAAUCAAAAGAUCCAUCAAAGCCUUAUCCAACACCUGCCAUGGCUGGAGGACUAUUUGCAGUGAGAAAAAGUUUGUUUUGGAGAUUGGGAGGUUAUGACGAAGGAAUGUUAAUAUGGGGAGCUGAGAAUUUAGAACUUUCUUGGAGAGCGUGGCAAUGUGGAGCUAGGGUAGAAAUUACAUCCUGCUCAAGAGUGGGGCACAUCUUUCGAAGGCAUAGCCCUUAUAAAUAUCCUGGUGGAGUAUCUAAAGUGUUAAACUCGAACUUGGCUAGAGCAGCUACAGUAUGGAUGGACGAAUGGGCGGAAUUCUUUUUUAAAUUCAACCCUGCAGUAGCAGCGAUUAAGGAUCAACAAACAGUGGCAGAUAGAGUUGAAAUAAGGAAGAAUUUAAAUUGUAAAAGCUUUAAGUGGUAUUUGGAGAAUGUUUGGCCGCAGCAUUUUUUCCCUACUGAGGAUAGGUGGUUUGGAAGAAUUCGUAGCGAUAGAGGUGGGUGUAUAGCCGUUGCUUUUGGUACUCCUGGUGUAGGAGGACCAGCUGAUGGUGUUCAUUGCGCCAGUGAUCUAGACCUAGAAAGGUUAGUAGUUUACACUCCUCAAGGUCAAAUAAUGGCAGAUGAAGGUCUUUGUUUAGAACAAGGCAAUGGACGCGCGGUGUGGAAAGGUUGUAGUGAUAAUAAAAAACAAAUAUGGUUACAGAAGGGGCCACGUUUAAGAACUACUAGUGGAUUGUGUUUGACGCUUGUAGGUGUAGAUAUUAACAAGAAAUCUGGUAUAGAUGAUCCUCUUACUGCCAAACGUUGUCGUGAUAACGACUCGGGACAGAUUUGGCAUUUCGAACGCGUGCCUUGGCGCUGAGUUGUGAUAAUAUUUAAGUAGAAAAUGUAUAGAGAAAUUAAAUAUAAUCUCUAAUGCAAGAUUUGUGUACUAUAAACGUGAAAUGUACGUAGUACAGUGUAAAUAAAUAAUUAAUAUUAUAAGCUUAUUAUAAGCUGUUAAAGAAAUAGGAACAAAUAUGUGUUCUCUUCUAUUAUAGAUACUCAUUAAUUAUAUGAAGUAGCUAUUCACAUUAUAGGACUACCUAAAUUAAAUUAAGGGGUCCAGGGAGCAAUCUGUUAAGUUAGUUUGUUAUGCAAUCCACUAAC